AUGUUAGAAGUCAAAAUGAUAGAAAGUCUAACAGACUUUUGUUGUUAAAACAAACAUGACGAACCAAUUCAUUUGGUUGUGCUUGAUCCAAAGCUAGACAAGAAACAAAGACUUUUGUGCAAUAAAUGCAUGGAAAGCUUCUAAUCAGAUGCAAAGACUAUAGGAUUUAAAAAAGUAAUUUAGAUUAUUGAGGAAAUUAUUGAUAAAAAUAUGAAUAACUUAGAAAAUAUUACAUAGAAAACAAUUCAAUAAUUAUAAAUUUGUAUAAAAAGUUUAGAAGGAUUAAAGACAUAAUUUAUCAAUUUAUUUGAUUCUAUAAUUAGUAUAUCUGAAAAUUGGACUCAAAAUUUGUUGACAUAAAGAUAGUAAUACAAUUAAUACAGUUUUUAUGAUGAAUUAGAUUCGUUUAUUAAGAACUAGAAUACUAAUUAUGUUUCAAAUAUGACUCUUAUCAAUAAUAUAAAUAAAUCUUGGAUGACUAAACUAUCUUAGACCUUAAAUUAAUUUAUUCAAGAUUAAAAUAAAGUUAACUUUGAAGAUAUAAAGGAAAAAUUUCUAAACAUCAUUUAUUCAAAUUUGCCACAAAAAGGUUAAAUCAAAUUAAAAUUAAUUGGUGAAUCUGUCAAGUAAAGUGUGAGAUGUAACGAUAUAGUUUUUGAUUCUUCUGGGUCAAUUAUGUUAUCAACUGAAUAGAAUAAUAUUAAAGUAUGGAAGUUUUUAAAUGGAACCAUCACAUUUAUAAAUAAUUUAAUAGGACAUACUGAUUGGAUUCAAUGUUUAGUUUAUAGUAAGAAAUAGAAUUCUUUUAUUUCAGGUUCUGGAGACACAACAAUAAGAUGCUGGAAAUAGAUAGAUUAAACUAAUUGGAUUAGUUCGUAACCUUAUUAAGAACAUACACGUUUUGUCAGAUGUAUUAUAUUAAAUUCAAAUGAGGAUAUUUUAUUUUCUGGUAGUGAUGAUGAAUCAAUUAAAGUAUGGAAUGUUGAUUUUAAAUAAAAUAAAUUGACUUACAUGUAUUCAUUAGAUAAACAUGAUAGUUAUGUUAUGGCAUUAAGUUUAAAUUAAUCAGAAACAUAAUUAGUAUCAUGUGCAUAUGCUAAGAAUUAGAUUAUAAUUUGGGAAAGAGAAGAAUAAGAUAAGUUUGAAUUCAAAUAUGUUGUUAAAUAGUCAAUUUAAGAAUACGGGCUUAAGAUUAAAUUUAUUAAAGAGAAUUAAUUUAUUUGGAUAACUGGUGGUAAGGAAAUAGACAAGCUCUAUAUAUUUGAAUUAAAAGAAGGAAUGUUUUAAGAAAAUUAAAAGAAGACAAUUCAAUUAAAUAAAAAUAAUUAGAUAUCUGAUGAAUAUCAUUUUCCAAUAGUUUACAAUAAGGAAAAGAAUUUAAUAGUACUCAGACAUAAAGCUUAUAUUUAUUUUAUUAAAGAAAUAAUAAAUGGGAUUUUCACAAUAGUUCAUUAAUUUAAUUGUGAUACAAAUCAAAUUUUUGGAACUUUUACAAAUAAAGGAUAAUAUUUGGUUUAUUGGGAUGAAAAAAAUUAAGGAUAUUCGGUAUAUGAAUUAUUAAAUAAAUGA